GUCUCUCUCUGCACAAAUCGACACUGCAAAUAAGCUCAGUUUCCCUCUCUACAAUCGGAGCUGUUUCCGGCCGCGGAACCUCCCCCCUACUCCAAAUAUCAGAGGAAUUGGAGUGUUGAAGGCUUUUUAGUAGGAAGCUGCACACACACGCACUCAGAUGAGUAUAUGGAAUUACGUGGUGACAGCGCACAAGCCUACCAACGUCACGCAUUCGUGCGUCGGCAAUUUCACCAGCCCGCAGGAGCUCAAUCUUAUAAUUGCGAAAUGCACUCGGAUAGAGAUUCAUUUGCUCUCGCCUCAAGGCUUACAGCCUAUGUUGGAUGUGCCGAUAUAUGGGAGAAUUGCCACGCUCGAGCUUUUUCGCCCACAUGGAGAAACACAAGAUCUCCUUUUCAUAGCUACAGAAAGAUAUAAAUUCUGCGUUUUGCAAUGGGACGCAGAGACUGGCGAGGUUAUCACAAGGGCCAUGGGUGAUGUUUCUGAUCGGAUUGGUCGACCCACAGAUAAUGGACAGAUUGGAAUAGUUGAUCCAGAUUGCAGGUUGAUUGGUCUUCAUCUAUAUGAUGGGUUGUUCAAGGUCAUCCCAUUUGAUACUAAAGGCCAACUCAAAGAGGCAUUUAAUAUCAGGCUCGAGGAGCUUCAGGUUUUAGAUAUCAAGUUUCUGUAUGGUUGCCCUAAGCCGACCAUUGUUGUACUUUACCAGGAUAACAAGGAUGCUCGUCACAUUAAAACAUAUGAAGUUAAUUUGAAGGAUAAAGAUUUUGUUGAAGGUCCAUGGUCUCAAAACAAUCUCGACAAUGGGGCAGAUUUGUUAAUCCCAGUGCCACCUCCUCUCUGUGGUGUCCUCAUUAUCGGUGAAGAAACAAUCGUGUAUAGCAGUGCCCAGGCUUUCAAAGCUAUCCCAAUUAGACCUUCUAUUACAAGAGCCUAUGGAAGGGUUGAUGCAGACGGUUCACGCUAUUUAUUGGGAGAUCAUAAUGGGCUUUUGCAUCUACUUGUUAUAACUCAUGAAAAGGAGAAAGUAACCGGACUCAAAAUUGAGCUCUUGGGGGAAACAUCUAUUGCAUCGUCCAUAUCAUAUCUUGAUAAUGCCGUUGUUUUUGUUGGCUCAAGUUAUGGAGAUUCACAGCUCAUAAAGCUUAAUCUUCAACCGGAUGCAAAAGGUUCUUAUGUGGAAGUUCUUGAAAGAUAUGUCAAUUUGGGGCCAAUUGUUGAUUUCUGCGUGGUUGACUUGGAAAGGCAAGGCCAAGGUCAAGUUGUAACUUGCUCAGGUGCCUAUAAGGAUGGUUCUUUGCGCAUUGUGCGAAAUGGUAUCGGAAUAAAUGAACAGGCAUCUGUAGAGCUUCAAGGCAUCAAAGGCAUGUGGUCGCUGCGAUCAGCUACUGAUGAUCCAUAUGAUACUUUCUUAGUUGUCAGCUUUAUCAAUGAGACACGUAUUUUGGCAAUGAAUAUUGAGGAUGAAUUGGAGGAAACUGAGAUUGAAGGUUUUUGUUCCAAUGUACAGACACUGUUUUGUCAUGAUGCUGCAUAUGAUCAACUUGUUCAGGUUACUUCAAGUACAGUGAGACUAGUCAGUUCUACCACCAGAGAGCUUCGUAACGAAUGGUUUGCUCCGGAAGGUUAUUCAAUCAAUGUUGCCACAGCCAAUGUCACUCAGGUUCUAUUGGCUACUGGUGGUGGGCAUUUGAUUUAUCUAGAAAUUGGUGAUGGUGUUCUAAGAGAAGUGAAACAUAUCCAGUUGGAGUACGACAUCUCAUGCCUGGACAUCAAUCCAAUUGGUGAUAACAAAAACUGCAGUCAACUAGCUGCAGUUGGAAUGUGGACAGAUAUUAGUGUUAGGAUAUUUUCACUUCCAGACUUGAACCUUGUAACAAAGGAGCUUUUGGGAGGGGAGAUCAUUCCUCGUUCUGUACUUUUGUGUGCUUUUGAAGGGAUAUCUUAUCUGUUAUGUGCUCUUGGGGAUGGACACCUGUUGAAUUUUGUGUUGAAUACCAGCAAUGGCGAGCUGACAGACAGGAAGAAAGUUUCUUUAGGGACCCAACCAAUUACACUGCGAACUUUCUCAUCAAAGAAUGCCACACAUGUAUUUGCUGCUUCUGAUAGACCGACUGUCAUCUAUAGCAGUAACAAGAAAUUGCUUUACAGCAAUGUAAAUCUGAAAGAAGUAAGUUAUAUGUGCCCCUUCAACACAGCUGCUUUCCCCGACAGCCUUGCUAUUGCUAAAGAGGGCGAACUAACAAUUGGAACCAUAGAUGAUAUUCAAAAGCUUCACAUACGCUCGAUCCCACUUGGGGAGCAUGCACGGCGUAUAUGUCAUCAGGAACAAACACGGACAUUUGCCAUUUGUAGUUUAAAAUAUAACCAGUCAGCUGCAGAUGACUCUGAAAUGCACUUCGUCCGCCUGUUAGAUGACCAGACAUUCGACUUCAUAUCUACCUAUCCACUGGAUCAAUUUGAAUGUGGUUGUUCUGUCCUUAGCUGCUCAUUCUCUGAUGACCCUAAUGUCUACUACUGCGUGGGGACUGCAUAUGUAAUGCCGGAAGAAAAUGAACCUACUAAGGGUCGGGUUUUAGUUUUCACUGUAGAAGAUGGAAAACUUCAACUAAUUGCUGAGAAGGAAACCAAAGGCGCUGUUUAUUCUCUUAAUGCCUUCAACGGGAAACUGCUUGCGGCCAUUAAUCAAAAGAUCCAGCUGUAUAAGUGGAUGCGGCGGGAUGAUGGCACUCAUGAAUUGCAAUCUGAAUGCGGACAUCAUGGCCACAUACUUGCCCUUUAUGUACAAACUAGAGGGGAUUUCAUUGUAGUUGGUGAUCUGAUGAAAUCAAUGUCGUUGCUGAUUUACAAGCAUGAGGAGGGUGCUAUCGAGGAGCGAGCUCGUGACUACAACGCCAAUUGGAUGUCAGCUGUCGAGAUUCUGGACGAUGACAUUUACCUUGGAGCAGAGAAUAAUUUCAAUCUCUUCACUGUCCGUAAAAACAGUGAAGGAGCAACUGACGAGGAGCGUGGGCGCCUCGAGGUUGUUGGCGAAUACCAUCUUGGCGAAUUCGUCAACCGCUUCCGACACGGUUCACUAGUCAUGCGUCUGCCAGAUUCCGAUGUUGGCCAAAUCCCAACAGUCAUAUUCGGCACUGUCAAUGGAGUGAUCGGGGUCAUUGCCUCUCUCCCCCAUGAUCAGUACGUCCUCUUGGAGAAGCUGCAGAUGAAUCUGCGGAAAGUGAUCAAGGGCGUGGGGGGCCUCAGCCACGAGCAGUGGAGAUCCUUCUACAACGAGAAGAAGACCGUUGAAGCUAAAAGCUACUUAGACGGAGAUUUGAUCGAAUCAUUCCUUGAUCUCAACAGGAGUAAGAUGGAGGAGAUUUCAAAGUCGAUGAAUGUUCCCGUGGAAGAACUUAUGAAGAGAGUGGAAGAGCUGACUAGGUUACAUUAAACUCCAUUCCUCCUUUCUGAAAUCGCUUUAUGUUCUAUUUUGUGAGCUUGAUAUUGUAUGAGUCUGUGUUCCUCGUGUAUGCAGUUUAAUACUUUUGCAUUUUAGAGUUGUGUAUAUUUUUUUUAUCUUUUUAUUUUGCAUGAAAACUGAAAAACGAUUGUAACUGACUGUAUCACUGUAUGCAUUCGUUUGUUCUUGAA